AUGGCUGACAACGACGAAGCCUGGGUCACUAACUCCAAUGAGGCUCUGAACCUUCAGCUCGCUGAGGAAGAUGCCGAGCAGCUGCACGGCGAGGAUCGCGUUGUGAUCGAGCCCUUCCACCCGGACUUCACGUAUCCCAUUUUUGGUGACCAGGAGAAGAUCUUUGGCUACAAGGGACUCGACAUCAAACUCCACUUUGCUUCCGGCUCGCUCAAGCAGUUCCUCCAGAUCACUUACGACGAAAAGAUUGAGGACGAGGCGACCCCUGCCGAUGACGUCGAGGGCGAGCUCUUCAAGUUUCUGCCGGCAGACUACACGAAGAGCGCUGUCGCUUUCGAGCAGACGGUUGAGGAGGAUGCAAAGAGCUUCAAGCCGAUGGGAGAGCUGAUCGGGAGCUACACGCUACGUGCUGCGAGCAGCAAGGGGAAGGGAAAGGCGAACGGGGAGGGACCGGCAGCUGAUGCGGAUCACGCUGUCUCAUACGAAAUGUUCAAGAUCUUCAUCCUGCUGUUCAUUGAGGGCGGAAGUUACAUUCAGGAGGACGAGGAGGCGUGGGAGUUCGAGAAGCGCCGACGACCCGAUACUGAUAUCGAGACGUACCACUUCGUCGGCUACACGUCGCUGUACCCGUUCUGGUGCUUCCCGGACCAGGUUCGCCUGCGCCUGAGCCAGUUCGUCAUUCUCCCGCCGUAUCAGCACCUCGGCCACGGCUCACGCCUUUACUCGGCCCUCUUCAAGCAUAUGCUCGGACGCGAGGGUGUCGCCGAACUCACGGUCGAGGACCCCGCCGAGGCAUUCGAGGAUCUGCGUGACCGCAACGAUCUGCGAUUCCUUGUCGAGCAGGGUGUGCCGGAGGAUCCGAAGUUCCUCGAGGGCGUCGGAGACAACAGUCGAGCGGAGCGUGCCAAGUGGGAGGCGGGACUGCGGAAGAAGUACAAGAUUGCGCAGCGCCAGUUCGACCGAUUGCUUGAAAUGCUCCUCCUGCGUCAGCUUGACCGCAAGGAUGCGGCGAAGGUCCGAGCCUACCGCCUGCAGGUCAAGGCGCGGUUGUACCGGUUCAACUACAUGACGCCAGAGGAGCGCAAGGAGGCGCUCGCAAAGACGUACGACACCGUCAUCGAUGACUACGACCGCAUCCUCGGCAUGACUUUCCACUAG